AUUUCUAUAGCCCGGCCUACCAAACAUUAUAAUCCGAUUAGUCGUUUUGAUGCAACACACAACAAACUGUCUUAUUUACAAUCCUUUCCUUUGAACAACUCUUUCACAAUCCUGGAAAGCUUAGUUCAACAUAUCCUCUUUUUCUUUUUCAGUAUUUAGAUUCUUCUUCUUCUUCUUUCUCUUGUCAGAGUUUUCUUGAUCAAUUCUCUUUAUUCCAUUUCCAUAGCCUCAGCAAAUUGAGAAAAUUAGAAAGUAUGGUUGAGGAAGCGACGGGCAGCAUCUCUAUCAGAAGAGGACUCAAAGGCAAUGAGUUGUUGCCUUUCACGGUACAGUUCCUCAGAGGCCGAUGGUUUGCACUUUUUGCCUCCUUUCUAAUUAUGGCUGGAGCUGGUGCAACAUAUUUAUUUGGAACCUACUCCAAGGAGAUCAAAGCCACUCUUGGUUAUGAUCAGACAACACUCAAUCUCUUAGGCUUCUCCAAGGAUCUUGGUGCUAAUGUUGGGGUUCUUUCCGGCCUUAUUGCUGAGGUAACACCGACUUGGUUUGUGCUCCUACUUGGGGCUGCACUCAACUUUGGAGGCUAUUUCAUGAUAUGGUUAGCUGUGACAGGAAAAAUAGCCAAGCCCAAGGUUUGGCAAAUGUGCAUUUACAUCUGUAUAGGAGCCAAUUCUCAGAAUUUUGCAAAUACAGGAGCUUUGGUCACCAGUGUAAAGAACUUCCCUGAAAGCAGGGGUAAUAUGUUAGGUCUCUUGAAGGGCUAUACAGGGCUAAGCGGAGCUGUCAUGACACAAAUUUACUUGGCUGUAUAUGGAAAUGAUUCAAAAUCGCUCAUCCUUCUUAUUGGAUGGCUACCGGCUGCAAUUUCGAUAAUAUUUGUAUACACAAUUCGGACAAUGAGGCCCGUUAGGCACCCGAACGAGAAGCGGGUCUUUUACCACUUCCUCUUCGCCUCAAUUGCGCUAGCAGUUUUUCUCAUGGCAAUAACAUUAGCUGAGAAACUGGUUACUUUCUCAAGAGCCGAAUACGCUGGCGCUACCACAGUGGUUUGUUUCCUUGUCUUUGCCCCUCUCUUUAUUUCCAUCAGAGAAGAAUUAGUCGUUUGGAACAUUAAGAAACAGCCAAUAAAUCCUCCAACCGAGAUAACGGUAGAGAAGCCUCAACCAGAAAUAGUUCAAUCAAAACAAGAGGCGUCGGAGCCUGGUUCUUCAAAACAGGCUGAUGAAAAGGAAGAAAAGUCUUGUUUCCUUACCAUUUUUGAUAGGCCUGACAGAGGAGAUGACUACACAAUUUUGCAAGCACUGACAAGCAUUGACAUGUUGAUUCUGUUUCUUGCAACAUUUUGUGGACUUGGAUCAAGCUUAACAGCUGUAGACAACUUGGGGCAGAUUGGUGAAUCGCUUGGAUAUCCUAAUAGAACAGUAACUUCUUUUGUGUCGCUUGUUAGCAUCUGGAAUUACUUUGGGAGGGUCUUUUCUGGGUUUGUCUCCGAAAGCCUGAUUGUAAGGUACAAGCUUCCCCGACCACUUAUGAUGACUAUGGUCCUUCUACUUGCAUGCAUUGGCUACCUCCUGGUUGCCUUUCCAGCCCCAGGUUCAAUCUAUAUAGCAUCAAUCAUAAUUGGAUUCUCAUUUGGUGCACAACUACCCUUGCUUUUCGCCAUAAUUUCUGAGCUUUUUGGCCUGAAGUACUACUCUACAUUGUUCAAUUGUGGACAAUUGGCUAGUCCUCUUGGGUCAUACAUAUUCAAUGUGAAGCUUACUGGGUUUCUAUACGAUAGAGAGGCAUUGAAGGAUCUUGCAGAGAAAGGUCUAACGCGGUCCUCAGUGAAAGAAUUGACUUGCAUUGGCACUCAUUGUUACAGGCUACCGUUUAUAGUUUUGGCUUCUGUUACAUUCUUUGGAGCCUUGAGUUCUCUAAUUUUGGUGGUGAGAACCCGGAAGUUCUACAAAAGCGAUAUAUACAAGAAGUUCAGGGAAAAUGCUGAGACCUUAUGAGAUAGAAACGGUGAUUUGGCCUUGGCCUCUGAUAAAGAGCGGCGGUGAUAUUGAACUUGGUUCAAAAUUGAGACGGCACCGAUUACAAAGUUGCUAAGUGGGUUUGUUCCAGAUUUUCUUUUCCUUUGUUUUCCCAUCACCUGACCCAGAUCUCUUGCUGUCAUCUGUUUACCAUUUCUUUUAUGUAUAAUUACUACCUCAUAAUCUAAAGUUGCUUUUAGAACCUUCAAAUUUGUCUUUGAGUAUUCAAAAAGCAAAGGAAAGUGCUCAGUGGGCAGUGCGCUUAAGAAUUGUGAUGGAUUAUAACUUCUGGCUUUUAUAGUUCAU